AUGCACAUAUAUAUGGUACUUACAAAAAUGUGGAGGAAGAAGAAAGACAAUAAUGUUGAUAAUAAAACACAAAUUAACCAAGGGGAAUCAAGUAGAACUUCUACUGUCCUAAUAACUACAUCAGGCAAUAUCACUGAAUAUACUACCAAGCAAUCAUCAUAUUCAAGCACAAGUAAAGUAACUACGACCUCAGUUUCUUCUAUAACAAGAAAUGAAAAGAUAGUUCCGACUAGUGUGCUGAGAAAUCCUGAUACUGCUAAUAGAAAUCAAGAAGUAUCAAUUCAAAAAUUGGCACCGAAAAAGAGUUUGACAUCGAAUGGUUCUAUAUCAAGAACAUCCUUAGAGAGAGAUGCUAAGCCAUAUAUAUCCCAUAUUCCAACAGAAAGUCCAGGUGGAUAUAGAAGUACAUUCAAUAGACAUCAACUUCAACCAUUCCAAAGCAAUCAAGAACUUACAAGUACUUCAUUUUCGAGAAAUACAUUCCCGAAUCAGUCUCGUGCAAGAAGUUUGGAUGACACUGAAGUUCCUACAUACAGUACAAGUGGUAAAAGAAGAGGCAAAGUUUUGAUUAUAAAUAAUGUGAAUUUUCUGGAUGACAAAAGUGAUCGAGCAGGUGCCUUGAAAGAUGAUGAAAGUGUUUCAGAUUUGUUCAAAAGUAUGGGAUUUGAAGUUAAAGUGCACAGAAAUUUGAAAAAACAGAUAAUGAUUGAAAAGAUAAAGAAGUUCAGAUCUGACAGAGACUUAGCAAAAGUUGACAUAUCGGUAGUUAUGCUUAUGAGUCACGGAAAUAACAUAAAGGGCCAAAUGGUAAUGCCAGGAGGCUACACCGAAAUAUCUGGUACUGAUGGAAAAGGGCUCUCAAUAGACGAAGUACUGGAUGAAUUUGAUACCAAAAAUUGUCCUGGCAUGGAAGGAAAACCGAAAUUAUUUUUUUUCCAGUGUUGCAGGGGCGAUAGAUCAGAAAGGAUACAAACAGAUGCAAAACCCAUCAAAGUUGUUAAACAACACGGUGACAUGCUAAUAGCCCAUUCCACUCUGCCAGGUUUUUAUUCGCUGAGAGAUACUCAAAAGGGAAGUUGGUAUAUACAGAGUAUUUGCAAUGUCUUCAAAGACCACGCGAAAAAACAUGACGUCGAAACCAUGCUGAAAAUUGUUGAUGAAAAUCUCUCGAGGUGCCACCCUCAAUACACACAAACAACGAGUUAUGAAAGUCGAGGGUUCAAAAGAUGCUAUCUCAACCCCAUCAAAUGA